CAGUGCUAAGAAAGUAAUUUCGAAGACAGCCAGACUAUGGCCUUUGAAAGGAUAACACAAAAGGACUGGUACAAAAUCCUGGGUGCAAAGCCAUCGGACAGCCAGGCAGAACUAAAACGGAAGUACCAAAAACUUGCUUUAUUAUAUCAUCCAGACAAACAGAAGGCAGAUGUGCCAGCAGGAGAAGUGGAGGAGCGCGUGCAGAGGUUCAUCGAAAUUGAUCAAGCGUGGAAAAUUCUAGGGAACGAAGAGACAAAAAAAGAGUAUGACCUGCAGCAGCGUGAAGAUAAUCUGACAAAAGAAUGGCCACUACAUGCACAAAUUUAUCUUGAGGAUAUGUCCUGGAAUGAAGAUGAACAAUGUUAUACUCUGUCAUGUCGAUGUGGUGGGAAUUACACUGUCUUCAGGAGUGAAACCAAGGAUGUAUCUUCGGUUUGUUGUGACACGUGUUCACUUGUUAUCGAGAUCCUUCAAUGA